AUGGUGAACGCACGUUUUUUAGCAUUUCUCGUUUUUAGUUCUGCGCCACGCGAAGCGUGAUCGGAUCGGUUAGUUAAAUUGACUGCGCUACUGCCGUGGUUGCUUCUGCAACUAGACCACACUUUGCAAAAUUUCCCAUUAGAACCGGUUACCGUUUGGAGUGGAGUAAGAACGAGUUUCUCAGAUUCUUUGGCCAGGUUCGGUGGUUCGAGAAGAACGUCGUGCUGUCGUGCAUGCUGGCUGGGCGUAUUGCUGGAUAAUCGAAUUUCGGCUGCGCCGAUUCGCGCGAAGUGAAACAUUUGCGUUCGGGAAAAGCGGUGAUUAAACUGCUGAAAUCUCACUUUUGAGCAUAGCGAGGUUAGAGUGGGUGAUUAAAAAUAAUCUCGUUCAUCGAGAAUCUUUGCCUGUCAUUCGUCAACGGAUCGAGAAUUGCGUGCUGAGUUCGGUGAGCAUCAGGAGCUGACCUUCUGCUUUUAGGCUGGGGUGGUUCCUAGAGUAAUUGAUUUUGCGGAAAAAAUUCCGCUGCUUCUGAAUGUAGUUGUGAUCGUGCUGUGUAAAGAGUAACUCGGAAAAGAAAGCACGUGAAAGCAUUGCAGAAGAGAGGUAAAACUUGUUAUAGUGAACAAAAAAGGAAUGAGGCACAAAUACUUUGACUUAGCAUAAGCCAACAUCAAUGCAAGCAGUACACAAGCAAAAUGUAGCAAAAGAUUUCUCAGUUUUUGUGUGUUUAGUAAAGUGUUGAAAGUGCAUAAGUACAAACCUAUUUUUGUGCAAAGAAAACUCAAGUGGUGUUUGUUACAUAAGGAGAAAAAUUGAUGAAUUUUGAAAAAUGAGUCGGCGCGAUAACAACGUACGAAAGCUAUCCUUUUUGGGAUUUAAUACAAAAGAGACCAACAACGAUGACCCGGAUCAGGUGCAUCUGGACGAUGAAAUGGAAAAGGUGUUCAGUUCGGUUGGCACCGACAAGGAGAAGUUCGAACUGAAACGCUUGAACGACGAUGUCCUGGUUGACAAUUCGCCGCUGAAAUACGACGACAUACCGCACCGCUCCGCUGAACAGCGUCCGCUGCUAACGGCUGCAUCCAGCACGCGCCCGAUGGACAGCUCGACGAGUGUGUCCAACAACAACCAUCCUGGCUCGCCGCCGACAACCUCCCCGACCAGUCCGCUGUCGCUGUCAUCCAAAAGUGGAAACAAAGCAUCCAACAAUGACACCGGUCUGGCCGAUAACUCAUCCAACGAUUUCAGCGAAAACAUUCACGAUGAACCAUUGGUCGAUCACGGAACGCUGCAGGGGGAACAAUGGGAUUCAAAUGCCCGACGAAAUGUUCGAUUUGACAAAAAGGACCAAGAUAAACAAUUCGAAGGAAUGCAAAUCGAAGACAGCAAUGAGGAACGUCGAAGACGUACCGAACGUCAUCAUCCUCAUAAAUCGAGGAAAUUCUCCUUGCAAGAGUAUCACCCGGAGUGGAGGCGAACUAGCGGAGCCGAAGGUUCCAGCACUACUACCAGACGUGUAUCUGUACAACCAGAGGAUGCCACCCUUCAGGAAGCUGACAUAGAUGAGUUAACUUCGCAUCGUUCGGAUGAUCCUCGGGCGAUGCGCCGUCACAAGGUGAGCGCCCAAUCGCAGCAGAGUACCGCAUCGGUGGUCAACAUCAACCGGAAGGAGGGUGACAAGCUGCACCAGCUGUUGCCCCCGAGCAAGUACAAGAAGAUGUACGAUCACAGUCCGCACGAAGUGUUCGUUCAGCUCGAUGAGCUAACCGGAUCGGGCGAGGAUCGCGAGUGGAAGGAAACCGCCCGUUGGAUCAAGUACGAGGAAGAUGUGGAGGAAGGAGCAGAUCGUUGGGGUCGUCCACACGUGGCGUCCCUUUCGUUUCACUCUUUGCUGAAUCUUCGCCGGUGUCUGGAAACCGGAGUAGUGUUGAUGGAUUUGGAUGAAAAGGAUCUGCCGUCGGUGGCCUAUAGGAUUGUAGAGCAAAUGGUAAUCGACGAGUUGAUUCACGAAGAUGACAAACCAGUAAUUAUGCGUGCUCUUCUGCUGCGCCAUCGUCAUGUCAAUGACCACUCUCACGGGGCUUUCCACUUUGGACCCAAACGGAAGUAUAGCAGUUACAGUAGCUUGCAGAGCGUCGAUGAUAAGAAAACCCGAAUCGUGCAAUCCAGUGAUAUUAACGGGCACGGACAUGCGACCGGCGAGACUAAGAUCAACAUGCAGGAGGAAACGUACACCUCCUCGCAGGAGGACAUCAAAAUGCGCGUACAGAAGGAAUCGAUCCUCAAGCGGAUUCCGGAGGGUGCGGAAGCCACCACCGUCCUGGUCGGUGCCGUCGAGUUUCUUGAGCAGCCAACGAUUGCCUUCGUUCGGCUGGCGGAAGGUAUUCAGAUGCCGAGUAUUACGGAAGUACCGAUUCCGGUACGGUUCUUGUUUAUUCUGUUGGGACCACAAAAUGCCGAACUGGACUACCAUGAGGUGGGCCGAUCGAUUGCCACCCUUAUGUCCAACGAGCAUUUCCACGAUAUUGCGUAUAAAGCCGAUGAUCGAAAGGAUUUGUUGUCGGCCAUUAACGAGUUUCUGGAUGAUUCGAUCGUGUUGCCGCCAGGAAAGUGGGAACGGCAAUCGUUGCUGCCGUUUGAUGAGCUGAAGGCCAAAAGCGAAUGGAUUCGUAACAGAAAGAAGAAGGCAAUUGAUGAAAAGAUCAAAAGCAAGCAGGUUCCGAUGACUAGCGAAGAGGAGAAGAAACUGUUAGCCGCAGCCGACGGAGAUGAGAAGAAACCCAGAAAAAGUCCAUUGGAGAAAACCAACCGACCUUGGGGUGGCUUGUUCAAUGAUAUUAAACGAAGAUAUCCUAUGUACAAGAGCGAUAUUAUGGACGGCGUAAAUGUCGAAACACUUGCCGCAACACUGUUCAUGUAUUUUGCUGCACUUUCGACGGCUAUCACUUUCGGUGGUUUGUCUUCGGAUAAAACCCAUAAUCUUAUCGGUAUCUCGGAAACAUUGGUAUCUGCCUCGAUUGUUGGAAUAGUAUUCCAUGCUACAUGCUGUCAGCCAUUGGUCAUCAUCGGAACCACAGGUCCUUUGCUGUUGUUCGAUGAGGCGCUCAAUCAGUUCUGCAUUGCUAACAACUACAACUUUUUGACCGUUCGUGUGUAUGUUGGUAUUUGGUUGGCGAUUAUCUCACUGGUCGUGUCUGCCUUCGAAGGAAGCGUCUACGUACGGUUGUUCACAAGAUUUACUCAAGAAAUCUUCUCGGCGUUGAUCACAUUGAUCUAUUUGGUUGAAACACUGAUGAAGCUCAUUUACGUGUACAGACGUAAUCCGCUUUAUGCAGAAUAUCGAUAUCAGAAUAUAACAGUUAUUCCCGAGCCAUAUGCAGUGGCUGACACGAACACUACACUAGAGAAAUCCGUUGGCAUUUUGGCGGAAAGUCUCACUGCGAUGGUCAAUACUACGGUGGCUCCAAUGGCGGCCGCCGAUGAAAAUUUGCUGAUUCCAUCAGACUCAUUUGGACCGAAGAAUCAACCGAACACAGCACUCUUCUGUACCAUCCUGACGCUGGGAACGUUUUCUUUGGCCUACUACUUGCGUCUCUUCCGUAACUCGCACUUCCUGGGACGUAAUGCUCGCCGUGCUCUUGGUGACUUCGGUGUACCGAUUUCGAUCGCUCUCUUCGUUUUGGUCGACUUCAUGAUCCCGCAAGUGUUUACCGAGAAGCUUAGCGUACCGGAAGGUCUAUCACCGAGUGACGAAACUCGUCGUGGCUGGUUGAUUCCCUUGGGUGGCGUUCCCGGCUGGAUGCCCUUUGCUGCAUGCGUUCCCGCUAUGCUGGUCUACAUUUUGGUGUUCAUGGAAACACACAUUUCCGAGUUGAUCGUCGACAAACCGGAACGCGGUCUGAAGAAAGGAUCUGGACUUCACGUGGACAUAGUGAUACUCUGUUUCCUCAAUACGAUGUGCGGUUUCUUCGGAAUGCCGUGGCAUUGCGCUGCCACCGUACGUUCGGUCACCCACGUGUCCGCGGUUACAAUUAUGUCAAGAACGCACGCUCCUGGUGAAUCUCCGCACAUUAUCGAUGUUAAGGAGCAGCGAAUUUCCGGUCUCGUAGUCUCAUUUUUAGUCGGUUUGUCAGUUACUAUGGCACCGAUCCUGCGACUCAUUCCGAUGUCAGUUUUGUUCGGAGUGUUCCUGUACAUGGGCGUCGCGUCGAUGAGUGGCGUUCAAUUCUUCGAUAGGUUACGAUUGUUCUUGAUGCCAGUCAAGCAUCACCCCCAGGUACCAUUUGUCCGUCGAGUACCAUCCUGGAAGAUGCACAUUUUCACCAUGGUUCAAGUUCUUGCUCUGGCCAUGCUAUGGGCCGUAAAAUCAUCUCCCUACUCGCUGGCGUUCCCGUUCUUCUUGAUUAUGAUGGUCCCAAUUCGGAAGCAGUUGGAAAGAAUGUUUACUCCGCUGGAGCUGCGAGCGCUUGACGGAAGCCAACCGAACGAGGGAGCCGAGGACGAACCAGAUUUCUACGAACAAGCUCCGAUUCCUGCAUAAGCACGUGCACUUAUCUGCAAAGCGAAACUAUUAUCCUUCAAACCAACAACAUUCUUGUUGGUAAAAUUAGUUUAAAAUUGCUGUUGGUUAUAUUUCGUUGGAGAAAAAGUGAAAGAAAACUUAGAUGUUCGGACAUCGUGUUACUUACUUACAUCCCCAUACGGUAGACUUAAUUUAAAUACAAAAAAUAAAUCGAUUCGUCCAUACUUUAUAUUGUUAACGCAACAACUCGAUGGGACGAAACUUCUAUGAAGUGCAUUAAUAUUUUGUUAAUUGUUUUGAUAGGUACACACAAAAAAUUAUUAAACGAACCAUAAGAGUCUAUAUAUUUUUCUAUGUAUACUAUUUGAUUAGUAAAAAGAUUAGUAAGACACCACUAAAAGAAAACUUAAUAGGUGAAUACGACUUUCUCCUCAAAUUUCCUUGCAUAGAAUCAAAAACUCGAUAAAAUUAAACCAAUGUAGAUCAUAUUUAACAGCAAAUGCUCGAGGACAUAACCCCCUUUGUGUAGUUGAAAAAAUUCUUUAAACUAAUAAUAAGCUUGUAAUACUUUCGGCGAACCUAAACAAACAAAAUAAAAUAUCGAGAACAAACACAGUAGAAGACAAACAGAACAAAAAGUAAAAUAAAAAUUCUUAAAGAGUGUGCAACAAUCUGUGAUCAGUAUUACUUACAAGUGUACAGAACGAAAGAGAAUGUCUACUUAAAUUCAAUCACUAAAACCCUUACACCAGCUAAAAAACAAAUACUUUUCAGUUCGAUAUUUUUAGUGCAACCGAAGAACGGAACUGCAACUGUUACGGUAUAACCGUACCUGUUGGUAAAAAAAAACGAGAUGCUUACUAUUAAUCAGGAAAUGUAACAAACAGAACAAAUUCAGCUGAGUACAGAAGUGAAGAGAGAAUUUAUUUUUCGAUAUUUGUCGUGCCGUAGGUAGCUCAAACAUUCAACAUAGAUUGAUUGUGUAACGGUGUAAAUCCGAACGCUGCUGAAUGUUCAAAAAAAUGCCAUAAAUGUAACGUCGAAGUGAUGAAAGUCGAAUGAAAUGUUUUCCCACAGAAAUAGUUCUUCUAGCCGAAAAAUAUUACAAGAAAAAAGUUGUUUACUUUGUUUUAGAGCAAUGAAUUCACUUGUGGGAUUGAAAAGAGAAAUAGAUUUAUAUAGAAGAAGAAAAAAGAGAGAAUAAUUAUUUCGCAAAUUCAUCAAUUCUAUAGAUUUUCACUUAUAUAGAUAGUAGUUAGUACUUAUUUGCUCCUUUGAAUCGAUAUACUAAUGUAUUAGCGAACGGCACAAUUGCUGCUAUUAUAGUAGUACUUAGGAUGAUUUGGUAGAGUAGGAACUCUUCCAGUUUGAAAGAAACCAACACUUAAUAAUUGAUGAUACUUAAGAACGCUUAACCUAUUAGAGAUUAUAGAACACUUUAAGGAAUGAGAAAAUA